GUUAACAAUCGAUCGGCGCAAGUUUAUACAGCUUUGGCAUUCUCAAUAACAGUCAGUAAACAAAUAUUCGGAAAGAUAUGGCCGUGGGAACUGUUCUACUGACGGCUCUACUGGCGAUACUUGGCUAUCUUCUGGCGAAAUGGCGCAGCACCAUGAGGUAUUGGCAGGAGCUGGGAAUUCCCUGUGAUGAGCCUCACAUGUUUAUGGGAAACAUGAGUGGUGUGCGAACCAAGUGGUCGUUCAACGAAAUCUGGUCGAAUUACUACAAAAAGUUUCGCGGAAGCGGACCCUUUGCUGGCUUCUAUUGGUUCCGGCGACCAGCUGCUUUCGUCCUGGAAACAUCUCUGGCCAAGCACAUUCUGAUCAAGGAUUUCAACAAGUUCACGGACCGCGGCUUCUUUCACAACACGGAGGACGAUCCAUUGUCUGGCCAGUUGUUCUUACUGGAUGGCCAUAAAUGGAAGUCCAUGAGGAACAAGCUGUCGCCCACGUUCACUUCGGGAAAAAUGAAGUACAUGUUCCCCACUGUGCUCAAGGUGGGUCACGAGUUCACCGAUGUUUUUGCCCAAGAUGUGGAAAAGACUCCCAUUAUUGAAGUGAGGGAGCUUUUGGCCCGGUUCACCACCGAUGUCAUCGGCACCUGUGCCUUCGGCAUCGAAUGCAGCAGUCUUAAGGAUCCGGAAGCGGAAUUCCGAGUGAUGGGACGACGGUCCGUAAACGAGCAUCGGCUGAGUUCCAUUGGCAUCGGAUUCGUCAAUAGCUUCCCCAAUCUGGCACGUCGCCUCCACAUGAAGAUGACAGUGGAGCCCGUUGAAAAGUUCUUCAUGCGCAUCGUCCGGGAGACAGUGGCAUUCAGAGAGCAGAACAACAUUCGUCGAAACGAUUUCAUGGAUCAGUUAAUCGAUUUGAAAAACAAGCCACUAAUGACAUCUGAAACCGGGGAGAAUGUCAAUCUGACUAUCGAGGAGAUUGCGGCGCAGGCUUUCGUAUUCUUUGCGGCCGGUUUUGAAACAUCGUCGACCACGAUGGGUUUUGCUUUGUAUGAGCUGGCCCAGAAUCAGGACAUCCAGAGUCGAGUGCGGGAAGAGGUCCUGGAGGUUAUUGAGAAGUAUAACGGAGAUUUUACCUAUGAAAACAUAAAGGAACUGGCUUACCUCAAUCAAGUGAUUUCUGAAACACUUCGCAUGUACACUGUGCUUCCUAUUUUAAAUCGCGAAUGCCUGGAGGACUUUGUGGUGCCCGAAAACCCCAAGUAUGUUAUAAAGAAGGGAAUGCCUAUCCUGAUUCCAGCUGGAGCCAUGCACCGGGAUGAGAAACUAUAUCCCAAUCCCAACCAAUUCAACCCGGACAACUUCUCCGAAGAUCGCGUCAAGGAACGCGAUUCCGUGGAGUGGCUCCCAUUCGGCGAUGGGCCCAGAAACUGCAUCGGAAUGCGCUUUGGCCAAAUGCAGACAAGGAUUGGAUUGGCUCUCCUCCUCAAGAGCUUUAAGUUCUCCAUCUGCGAGCAGACAAAGAUUCCCAUGAAAUACAACAAGGACAGUUUCCUCAUUGCAAGUGAAUCAGGCAUUUACCUUAAGGUGGAACGAGUAACGAUGGCUGCGGAAACAUUGCUUUUAACGGCAGCGGUGAUAUUAGUUGGAUAUCUCCUCCUCUUGUUUCGACGUAAAUUGCAGUACUGGCAAAAUCUGGGAAUCCCUUGCGAGAAGCCGCAUUUCCUUAUGGGAAACAUUGCCGGAGUGGGCACUAAACUAUCAUUCAAUGACAUCUGGAUGACCCAUUACAAGAAGUUCAGAGGAUCUGGACCUUUCGCGGGCUUCUAUUGGUUCCAACGACCGGCUGUUUUAGUAUUGGAACCUGCCCUGGCAAAGCUCAUACUUAUUAAGGAGUUCAACAAGUUCACAGAUCGCGGGUUCUAUCACAAUGCAGAGGACGAUCCUUUAACGGGUAACCUGUUCUUAUUGGAUGGCCUCAAGUGGAAAUCCUUGAGAACCAAGCUCUCUCCUACAUUCACAUCCGGAAAAAUGAAGUACAUGUUUCCCACCGUGGAGAAAGUGGGCCAUGAGUUCGCAGAUGUAUUUGACCAGAUGCUGGACAAGUCGAACAUUGUAGAGGUUAAGGAACUCAUGGCCAGAUUUACAACAGACGUUAUCGGAACCUGUGCGUUUGGCAUUGAGUGUAGCAGUCUUAAAGAUCCCGAAGCGGAGUUCCGGGUGAUGGGCCGUCGAUCAUUUAAAGAGGUACGACAUGGACCUCUUGUCUUCAUGUUUAUGAAUAGUUUUCCCAAUCUUGCACGACGCCUGCACUUCAAAAUGUCAACUGAGCCAAUAGAAACGUUCUUUAUGCGUAUAGUGAAAGAGACCGUGGCUUUCAGGGAGCAGAAUAAUAUCCGACGCAAUGACUUUAUGGAUCAGUUAAUCGAGUUGAAAAACAAUAAGUCGCUAAAAUCGGAAACAGGAGAAAGUGUCAAUCUAACCAUCGAGGAAGUCGCAGCUCAGGCUUUUAUAUUCUUUUCCGGCGGCUUUGAAACCUCAUCGACUACCAUGGGAUUUGCUUUAUACGAACUCGCCCAACAUCAGGACAUUCAAGACCGGGUGAGGAAAGAGUGCCAAGAGGUUAUUGCCAAGUACAAUGGGGAGUUAUCGUACGAAGGUAUGAAGGAACUAGUUUAUUUAGACCAGAUAAUAUCGGAAACACUUCGCCUGUACACAGUCGUUCCCGUUUUGAACCGCGAAUGUCUGGAGGACUUUGUAGUGCCCUAUAAUCCCAAGUAUGUAAUAAAGAAGGGAAUGCCAGUCCUGAUUCCGGCCGGAGCCAUGCACCGCGAUGAGAAGUUAUAUCCCAACCCAGACACUUUUAACCCGGACAACUUCUCCGCCGAUCGCGUCAAGGAGCGAGAUUCCGUGGAGUGGCUCCCUUUCGGCGAUGGUCCUCGAAAUUGCAUUGGGAUGCGGUUUGGCCAAAUGCAAGUCCGUAUUGGAUUGGCUUUGCUCAUUAGCAAGUUCAAGUUCUCCGUCUGCAAUAGAACUUCAAUUCCUAUGGUCUAUGAUAAACAGAGCUUUGGAUUGUCUAGCGAAUCUGGCAUAUUCUUGAAAGCUGAACGUCUAAAUUAAAGUUUUCUAUAAAUAAAUUCGCACUGAUUACCACA